CUUCCCUACGCCCCCGCCCUCCCUAGGGCCCUGGGAAGGGGCUCAGCGUGGGAAAGGGAUGGUUGAGUUUUAACCGGAGGCAGAGCGUGAGCGGGAUCAGUGUGUGCUGAACGCGAGCAGCCGAGCGCUGAGAGGCGCCGCGGUUGUUAACUCCUCCUUGCCCACUGCGUCGACCCUCCCCUGAAGCCCCAGCGCAGCCAGCAUGAAGCGAGCUCACCCCGAGUACAGCUCCUCGGAUAGCGAGCUGGACGAGACCAUAGAGGUGGAGAAGGAGAGUGCGGACGAGAAUGGAAACUUGAGUUCGGCUUUAGGUUCCAUGUCCCCAACUACAUCUUCCCAGAUCUUGGCCAGGAAAAGACGGAGAGGCAUCAUUGAGAAGCGCCGACGAGACCGGAUCAAUAACAGUUUGUCUGAGCUAAGGAGGCUGGUACCCAGUGCUUUUGAGAAGCAGGUAAUGGAGAAAGGAUCUGCUAAGCUAGAAAAAGCUGAGAUCUUACAGAUGACCGUGGAUCACCUGAAAAUGCUGCACACGGCAGGAGGGAAAGGUUAUUUUGACGCACAUGCCCUAGCUAUGGACUAUCGGAGUUUGGGGUUUCGGGAAUGCCUGGCGGAAGUUGCCCGUUACCUGAGCAUCAUUGAAGGACUAGAUGCCUCUGACCCGCUUCGCGUUCGACUGGUCUCACAUCUCAACAACUACGCCUCCCAGCGGGAAGCUGCGAGUGGCGCCCACGCGGGCCUUGGACACAUUCCCUGGGGGAGCGCCUUCGGACAUCAUCCACACAUCGCGCACCCGCUGUUGCUGCCCCAGAACAGCCACGGCAGCGCUGGCACCACUGCAUCGCCCACGGAACCACACCACCAGGGCAGGUUGGCCUCGGCACAUCCGGAGGCUCCUGCUUUGCGAGCGCCCCCUACUGGCGGCCUUGGACCGGUUCUUCCCGUGGUCACCUCUGCCUCCAAACUCUCACCGCCUCUGCUGUCCUCAGUAGCCUCGCUGUCUGCCUUCCCCUUCUCCUUUGGCUCCUUCCAUUUACUCUCUCCCAAUGCACUGAGCCCUUCGGCACCCACGCAGGCGGCAAACCUUGGCAAGCCCUAUAGACCUUGGGGGACGGAGAUCGGAGCUUUUUAAAGAACUGAUGCUAUAAAAAAAAAAAAAAAAGAGGGAGGGGAAAACUUAAAAUCCCAGCUGAGCUGGACUGUUGCCAACAUCACCUUAAAGUCGUCAGUAAAAGUAAAAAGGAAAAAGGUACACUUUCAGAUAAAAUUUUUUAAAGACUAAAGGUUUGUUGGUUUACUUUUUUCUUUUUAAUUUUUUUUAUCAUGUCAUAUAUUGGCAGUUUAAAAAAACUAGUUGUUAAUUUUUGUUUAAAACAUUUAAUUGAGAUAGUACAAACCUAUUCUUUGUGAUAGGUUUUUACUGUGUCUAAUUUACUUUGUAAACCUAUCUAAGAAUGAUUCCAUUUUGCCUCAGAGUUUUAGGAAUCAUAAACUUUAGUGUUUUUGGUCUGUUUUUCUCCUUGUAUAGUUGCAGUCUGAUUUUAGAAUUAAUUUUUUCAAACCACUAUGCUCAAUGUUAACAUGAUUCUGUUUGUUAAUAUUUUGGGAGAUUAAGGUGUAUGAAUAAUAUUCUUUGUGUGUAGGGGGAACUAUAUUGAAUUUUAUAUUUCCAAACAAAGCGUUGACAAAUCAGAUGAUUAGCUUUAUCCAAGAAAGAAGACUAGUUAAUUCUCUGCCUCCUCAGCAGUCAGUUGGAUGUACAUACUAUCAGUGACCCUGAAUCCACGGAACCAAGUGCCAUUGUCUGCUAGAACUUGCCCUUCUGGCAAUUCAGGACUAGGAGACAGCCACUGGUGGGUUAGGGCCCCAUUGGGAGUGUUGGAGAGGAAACUGAAGACAAUUGCAUAGAAUAUGCCUGCAUUUACCAGCCCCAAGCAAUGCAAUGAAUUUUUAAUCCCACGGAUCUCAAAUUCUUAAGUGUUAACCUGGAUAAGUGAUCACGUGUGCAAGUGGUCAAUUGACUAGUACAGUGGAACCUGCUAGAUGUAUGACCUAAUUUUUCUGGAGCUGCUGUGUUUUUUUGAACUGAAAUUUUUUUUUUUUUAAUGUUGUGUUUUCCUUUUGGUGCAUGGAAAUGUGGUUGUUGAGAUAUUUAAAGGGGCUUUGCUGCCUUCUUCUCUUUGGUUUAUUUAAUCUGAUUUGGGCUAUAAAUGUAUCAUUUUACAGGUUUAUUCCUUUAGCAGGUGUAGUUUCAACAACCUCCACUGAACUGGAUUUGACCUCUGUUGUACUGAUGUGUUGUGACUAAAUAAAAAACAAAGAACAAAGUA